GUAAAGGUGUUUUGAUGUGUGUAUUGUUCAGCAGGUCAUGGAGAUUCAUCAGUCUGCUGUGAUUCUGCUGCUGGUCUUGUGUGUGUCGUUCUCCACUCAUGCUCAACCAGAAGGUUAUGAGAAGUUCCUCAAGCAGCAUGUGUUUGGUGCCAUGACUGUACAGAAAUGUGACAGUGAGAUAUACAGAAGAAAAAUCAUGGAUUCCAAAACCAACGGCUGCAAAAAAAUCAACACCUUUAUAAAAGCAAAUAAAAACGAUGUUAGAGCAGUUUGUGGCGCAGCAGGAACUCAAAAGGACCUUAACCGUAUGAGUAACAAUCCUUUUCCUGUGAUCAUUUGUAAAAAACACAGUGGGGAGAGACGCCCACACUGUGAAUACAGAGGGGUCAGAGACACUAGUAAGAUUGUGGUGAGGUGUGAAAACGGCUGGCCUGUACAUUAUGCCGAAGACGUAGUUAUUGUAUAG